AGCUUGGAUUUGGUUGGGAGCUGUGUGCAGAGAGGGCAAUUCCCGGAGAGGGAGAAAGUAACAGAAGCGCCGGGAAAGCCCAGUUGGAACGUUCAGCUCCCGACGUUCCACAGCUUGCGCGCGGGCCAGCAGGCCGGCCCGGGUUUAAUUACAAGCCCCCGGGGUGCAACUCACCAUUCGGCCUGAGCUCGGGCCCUUCCAGUUCCUCUGUCCAUCUGCAAGCUCCGGCUCGGUUUUGUUUCCAGCACCUCCACCCCGAGCAACCAUGGCACAGGGCAAAGUCACAGACUACUUCCCCCGGACCAAAAAUGUGGAGAGGGGCCCGCAUUCCCUCAAGCGCAGGAAGGUGGAAGCUCAGGCUGGCCACGGUGCCAUUGCUGGGAGCCAGCCGCCUGCAGCCAGACGCAGACAAUCGCGAAGGAAAGGGCUGGAGAAGCCGGCGGCCCCUGCUCCCUCUCAGCCCACUAUAGCGGUUACGCCGGAGGUUUGUAAAUCCCAGCCCCCAGGCCAGCGGGAGGGGAGCUGGUCGGCCCUUGAUCAAGAGGCCAGGGAAAAGGAGAGAGUCUCCGAGCGCCAUGACCUGGCCACACCGUCGGAAGGCCAGUGGGCAGCCGCCGGUUCGGAUUGCGGAUCGGCCGGCGUCCGGCCCGAGAGUCGUCGUGGAGCUGGAACCCGACCCAGCAGCGGGAAGAAGCGCAGCCGCUCUGAUUCCGUCGACGCAAGCGAGCAGCGACCAGCACCGCCAUCGGGUGUGGGAUCGCAGCGGCUGGAUGGGGUGCCGUCUGCCCGGAGAUGUCUCUUGUUACAGCCGAGGGAAACGGAGAAUGCAGCUCCACAAGAGGCACCGCUGCAGCUUACAGGGGGAUCCGAGCCCACGGAUUCAUCCACCCAUGAGGCAACAACCUUAAGGAAAAUGAUUUCCAAGCCUCCAGGUCUGCAAAAUUCAAAUGGGAGAAAUCAACAGACUGACACACCACCUGCAAAGGAGGCUCUUUUGGGGUUAAAAGCCCAGCUCCAACGAAUCCAGAAACUUGCACCAACUCCUAAUUCUUUUGCUCCUACGUUGGAAUUGAAUAGUGAUAUCAAGAACCGUCUAAAACGGGUACGAGAGUUAGAAUUGAAAGUACAAGAAAAUAAGGUAGAACGGAAGAGGGCAACUGAACAGAAGGCAAAACCAAGUGCAGAGGAGAGGGUAAAGACACCAGCAUAUCAGCGUUUCCACAAUUUAGCACAGGAUGCCCCGCCAGGGUUGACCCUGCCAUUCAAGUAUAAGCUGUUAGCGGAGAUGUUCCGUAGUAUGGAUACUGUUGUGAGCAUGUUGUUCAAUCGCUCCGAGACCAUUACCUUUGCCAAGGUGAAACAAGGUAUCCAAGACAUGAUGAGGAAGAAAUUUGAAGAACGAAAUGUUGGGCAGAUUAAGACGGUUUACCCGUCUGCCUACAAGUUCAGGCAAGAAAAGGGAAUCCCAACAUGGAGCAACUCUCUGAAAAGAUCCAGCUACCAGCUCACCGUUGAACCUGUAUUUGAAGGAGAGGAGAAUUCUGAUGGGCACACACAACUAACAGCAUCCCACUUACUUCUGCGACGUCGCAUCUUCAGCCGAAACCUUGUACGGGUUGUGAAGCAACAUCAUAAGAUAUUCCUGGCUUCUCUUAACCCUCCAAUGCAUGUGCCAGAUAACAAGCUAACACGAUGGCACCCACGCUUUAACGUGGAUGAAGUUCCAGACAUUGCUGCUGCUGAGUUGCCCCAGCCCCCAGAUUUCGAGAAGCUAACAACCGCUCAAGAAGUCUUGGAUAAAGCUCGCAGUAUGAUGACACCAAAGAUGGAGAAAGCCCUUGCUAACAUGGCCCUCAAAACUGUAGAAACUGCCAAGGCUGCUACCACUGUGCAAAAGAAGGAACCAAAUGUUGAGUGUCCAAGUCCUGGUGCUUCUAAUGCGCUGAAGGGGAUUUCCCAGAGUCUGCUCGAGAGGAUUCGUGCUAAAGAAGCUCAGAAAAUGCAGGCAACAAUGACCAGAACUGCUGCACAAACUGAGCGUCUCCAUAUGAUGAUGCGACUUCCUGAGAUAACAAGAAUUCUGCGUAAUGUCUUUGUGGCAGAGAAGAAACCAGCCUUGAUUAUUACAGUGGCAUGCAACAGGGUGGUUGACAGCUAUCGCUCAGUGAUGCCCCUAGAUGAAAUGGAGAAACAUUUGCGGUUACUAGCUGAUAUCGUUCCAGAUUGGCUGAGUAUCCAUCAAAUCAGAAAAGAUGUGUACUUGAAGCUGAACAAGAACACUGAGUUGAAUGUAGUUGCAGAGAAAAUUGCAGAAACUAUAAAAGAGGAGGAAAAAGCAUAAGUUUUUAAAUGGACUUGAAAGUCAAAUAUAAAAAUGUGCAUUAUAUGAGUCUAUUUAAUGAUUAUCAAUAUGAAUUGUUCUGGACAGUUUGUUUGGCAAUGAUGCAUUGUAUUUGUAUGGGAGAAAUCUUGGUAUGAUCCUUGGGUUCAAUCAACUAAAAAUUCCAAUUCAUUAUAUUGGAAUCGCUGGAGACCAGUUUGAAAAUAGGGGAGGGAAAUGAAUUGAGCUAUGUGCUGAAGGUUCAAAGAAGAAAACUGGCUUUUGAGUAUUGCACGUGAAUUGUCUUCCAGGAUCAGGUGUUUCUUUCUGCUUUGUUUCAAAAUAAGAGCAGGGUAUAAAGUUGGAUAAUGGUCUGUCCAUGUGUAAUGAAGAUCUGUUUGCUACCAUUGAUCAAUGUUAAAUUGAAAAUUUCAUUUGUGUGUGGAGGGAGGCUUUUAAAUUAAGAUAAUUUGAUUAAAUGUAUCUUUUUUCUUUGCGUGCUGAUUUUUAUUUUGUUUCUGUGCACCACUGAUUUUUGAAUUGUUUGGUUGUAAAUAAACAUAUUUCCCUCCUUGGAAAUGA